AUGGCAUCAGCAGAGGACUUUGGUUCGGGGGAAAUUCCUCGAUUCCGGUUCGAAGCUUUGGAACGGCCACGUUUGAGUUUCCAUUUCCGGUCCGAUCCACUCGCACACUACCAUUGA